UAAAACGUGGGAGAUCUGUUAACGGGUGAAGGAAAACCUCUUUCUUCUGCCUUCCAAACCAAAUCAAACCAAACCCUAAGCAAGAAGAAAUCUCUGUGUGCGCUUUAUCUUUUAAUCAAAAUCUUCAAACAUGGGCACCGAAUACGAUUACCUUUUCAAGCUUCUGCUAAUCGGAGACUCUUCUGUCGGAAAAUCAUGUCUUCUUAUGAGAUUCGCAGAUGAUUCGUAUGUUGACAGCUACAUUAGUACAAUUGGAGUUGAUUUUAAAAUUAGGACGGUGGAGUUGGAUGGAAAGACUAUCAAGCUGCAAAUUUGGGAUACUGCAGGACAGGAGCGAUUCAGGACUAUAACCAGCAGUUAUUACCGUGGAGCGCAUGGAAUCAUUAUUGUCUAUGAUGUUACUGAGAUGGAGAGUUUCAACAAUGUCAAGCAGUGGUUAAAUGAGAUUGAUAGAUAUGCCAAUGAUAGUGUAUGCAAGCUUCUAGUUGGAAACAAAUGUGAUUUGGUUGAGAACAAGGUUGUGGAUACACAAACUGCAAAGGCAUUUGCGGAUGAACUUGGGAUCCCUUUCCUUGAGACCAGUGCCAAAGAUGCAAUUAAUGUAGAGCAGGCUUUCUUGACCAUGGCUAGUGAGAUCAAGAAAAGAAUGGGAAACCAACCCAGUGCAAACAAAAAUCCAGCAAACACUGUUCAAAUGAAGGGACAACCAAUUCAGCAAAAAGGCAACUGCUGUGGUUAACCAUUGUUCUUGUAUUUAAUUUUUCUGUUAUAGACGAAGCUAGACUCUGAUCUUUAGUAAAUAUUUCAUCGUUUUGUACCUUUUUUAGAUACUCGACUUCUUAAACUGAAGAUUAUCAACCUUAACUCUUCUGUGUAAAUACUGGAAUUUGGUAAUUGCUCAUAAGCAUACAUAGCCUUGUUUAGAAAACAUCAAGGUG